AACAUGCAAGCCGCGCCAACGCCACCGCCGGGCGUUGUCCCGCUCAGCCACAAGCGCCGCCCGACUGAGAUCCUCGUGCAAGAAGACCCGACCGUCGACCUCGUCUGUGCGACGACGCGCGCGUCGCAGGUCGACAUUGCCGAGCUCAAGCGCCAGAUCGUGUCGCUGCCCGAAAGCCGCUGGUCGGAAGAGUACCAGAGCACGAGCAAUGUAUCGCUCCGCCGGCCCUUCCACGACAAGGUUGGCGUCAACAAGAUCAUCUGCAUCUUCUCCGACAACCACCUCGAGAACGUCUACCUGCUGCCCGAGUGGACGAUUUGGCGCCCGCUCCUCGAGCCGCUCUUUGCCGCGAUCGAUGUUCCUGUUGAGCGCGUCGUGCGCUGCCUCUUUGCACGCCUCCCGCCCAAGGUGCUCAUCCCCGCCCACCACGACAAUGGCCCGUGGGUCGGUCGCACGCACCGCAUCCACGUACCGAUUGUGACCUUUCCCGAGGUCGAGUUCAAGAGCGGCCGCCUCGAGGAGAGCAUGAGUCGGUUUGCGUUCAACGAAGGCUCGAUCGUCGAGCUCAACAACGCGGCCAAGCACAGCGUGUACAACGGCGCGGACGAGUACCGCGUGCACCUCAUCUUUGAUGUCAUCGACGAGCUGCACGUGCCAACGCCUCUCUUCGCGACGCUCGAGGCGGGGCAGCGCUGCCGCCAAGUCCGUGGCCGCGUCGAGCUCAUUUCUGCCACGGACGAGCUCGACAACUCGGCCGGCGCCAAGAUUGCUGCAAGCAUGCUAACAGCACUCACCGCGCAGCUCAAGGCCGAGUCCAGCGACGAGGCCGCGACGACCUUUGCCACGGCGUGCCGUCACUUUUUCAUCGAGCAAAUCGACGCGAUGGAAUUUGCGACCGCUGUACGCGCAACGUGCCCAGCGGCAGUUGAGCCGAUGGUGCUCGAGAUGCUCGGACACGUCGACCGCGUCAUGGCUGCCGAGGCCGCGCGCGCGCUUCGGGCGCUUACGAUUGGCUGGACGCCGUCGUAUGCGAUCCUCGGCGUGCAAAAGUGCGGCACAACAUCGCUCUAUCAGCACCUUGGGCAGCACCCGUCGAUUGUGAACGGUCAGCGUCGCGAGCCGCACUUUUUCGACUGGGCGUGGACCAAGGCGGCGACGACGCCCGUCACAGACGAGCUCCUUGCGCCUGCCAAGGCUAUUCUUCAGACGUACGACGACCUCGCAAAGGACGCUACAGUCACCGACGACGAGACGACGUACUCGACUCUGGAUAUGCGGGCCAAGUACUUGCUCUCGCUCCAGGCGCCGCUUGAGACGUGGGCGCCCAAAAUUCUGCUGGCCGAGUCCACGCCGAGCUACCUCUUGUACGGUGCGCCGAUCGCCAAGCGUUUCCAGCAGCUCUUUCCCCACACGCGCUUUAUCGUGAUGAUGCGGGACCCGGUCAAGCGCGCAUACUCGCACUACCAAAUGACUGCCGAUGCCGUGGGCACGACCAAGCAGCUCGAAAUGCGUGCCGCGGUCGCAGGCAAGUCGUUCGAUGACGUCAUCAACGACGACCUUGCGUUGCUCCAGGUAUCGAUUUAUCCAUGUUGCAAUACGUUCGAAGCGUACGUCGAUCGUCUGCCCAAGACGCACGGCGCGCACUCGUACAUUGGCCGCGGUCUCUACGCGCUCCAGCUCCAGAUCUGGUUCCAGCACUUUCCCCGAAACCAAUUUUUGCUUUUGAACCUCGAUGCGCUCAAGACCCCCGAGUCAACGCAGACGACGGUCAACGAAGCACUGACCUUCCUCGGACUGCCGCCGCAUGUGCUGCAAGACACGGCCGCGCACAACACGCGGGCGUACGACCCGAUGCCGGCGGCGGCCAAGGCCAAGCUCGAGGCGUUCUACGCGCCGUUCAAUGCGCACCUGCGGUCGCUCGCGCCGUCCUUUGACUUUACGUGGUCGACGCAGCCAUAG